UUCAAUUUUUGAUAAAUUUUCCAAUCAAAAUUUUACUUCUAUUAUAUGUAAUGUUGAAUGAUCAAGUACUUGAAUUUUCAGUUCUGCUCUGUCAUUGUUGGUAUAUGAUUUUUAUUUAGUGCCAUUUAACCUAUUAAGAGCUCUAUUUUUGGCUUUGGCUAAUUAUGAACUAUAUUAUGUUUGAGUUUUGUUGCUUGUGGUAAAUCAAAUCUCUUCUAGUGAAGAAUUUCCUUGGGUAGUUUGGUUCUCUGUGUUUAACUAGCUUUAUAAAAAAUAAAUACCAAGUAAAAAAGUAAAAUGAUCCAAUUUGCUUGCUUAUUAUGAACCUUUGAAGUAUUGAUAAGGUCAGAAUAUAUGGGGUUUUUUAAUUUUUUGUUUAGCGUCGAUCAAUUUGGUAACUAGUAUGUUACUAUGUUUGGUGACUUAUGAAUCUUAAUUAUGCAACAGCCUACGCAGGCUGCCCAUGCCAGGCACCAGCCCAGGCCAGGCAGCUGCAGCAGCCCAGGCAGGCAGCAGCCCAGGCCAAGCAUAGCUGUAGCAGCCCAGGCAAGCAGUAGCCCAGGCCAGGCAGCAGUCUGUUGUGGGCUGGUGCAGUCUGUGAUUCGGAUCGGAAGAGUCUAUCUCGCCUGAGUCUUCCUUUCCUGUCAGUAGCCGGGUAUGCUGCUUUGCUUUUUUUUUUUUGCUGUCUGCUGGUGGUUGUCUUUUCCCUUAAAAAAAAAUAAAAAAAAAAGGUUCUCAUUAGAGGAGAGGAUGAUCGGAGUAGAAAAUUAGUUGAAGACGUUGGAAACAACGAUGAAACAGUAUAAAGAAUUGUUGGAAGAUGUAACCGAUAUCGAAGCCGGCUUGGUUCCGAUUCCUGGCUAUCUUGCUUGUCCCUUCACUUUGGAGUGGGUUGAUAAUGGCAAAUUUGAUCCUUUUAGGAAGAGGUCUGCGGCUUCUAUGGCUAUGUCUAUGUCUAUCUCUAGGCCUCAUGAAAAAGAAAGGAAAAAGGGUGUGCCUUGGAUUGAGGAUGAACACAGGCGGUUUCUGCUUGGACUUCAGAAGCAUGGGAAAGGAGACUGGAGAAACAUAUCACGGAACUUUGUUAUAUCAAAGACCCCGACUCAAGUGGCUAGCCAUGCUCAAAAGUAUUUCCUAAGUGCAGCCUGCCUGGGCUGUUGUGCACCUGCCUGGGUUCCCUUUUCUUUUUUUUUUUUUUUUUUUUUUUUUUGCCCUUGACUAAUUGUUUGUAAUAUUUUGGUGUAAUUAAAUACGUAGUAUUUGUAAUUGUUAUCUUAAUAUAUUUUGGUGUGAUUAAAUAUUAUUGUUCAUUGAAUAUAUUAAUGAUGUUAAUUUUAA